AUGGCGGCCAACGUGGACAACGAAAGCGAACAGCCCGAAAAGACCCAGCUAGCACCCGAGGAAGUGGCUGGGGACCUGGCAAAUGAUGCUGAUGUGGAGCCAGCCGCGCCAGCCGCGCCAGCUCCCGAGGAGGCGCCCGCACCCGCCGAAAACCCCAUCGAAAAACGUGUUGAAAAGACGGCGGACGAAUGCAAGGCUGUUGCACUCGAACAUCUACGCAAGAAGCUGCACCGUGCCAAGAAGUUCGCCCAGGACGAGGCAGCCAUCGAGGCGCUCGAACGACAGGUCGCCAGGACCGAGAAGUUCGGGCUCGACCGCCGCUCGCAGCUCGCACGCGAGCUGGGGCUCGGGUUGGCUGCCGACGACAAACCACGCGGGACCAUUGCGAAGCGCAAGCGUGGCAGCGCCGGCAAGCGUCACGGUAGCGCCCGAGGCCGCGACCGGCGCCAGCACUGA